GAUGUCACCUCAUUCAUCACAAAUGAUCCUGAUGAGCAAUGUUCACCUGUGCUUGGGUUGGGUUACAAUCAAUUGACCAGCAAUCUAAAAAUAUGUCUUCUGCAUUUCGGAAUUUUUCCAGAAGACAGUGAAAUACCAGCGAAGAAACUGAUGAGAACGUGGAUGGCUGAGGGGUUCCUGCAGUGGGAAAAUGAUUUGGAAGGAGAGGCUGAGAAGUGUUUGCAAGAGCUUGUUGAUAGAUGUCUAGUUCUCGUCUGCAAGAAAAGUCUAGAUGGAACAAAAAUUAGAUCAUCUAAGUUCAUGAUCUAAUAUAUGACCUGUGCAUUAGAGAAAUUCAAAGGGAGAACAUUUUUAUCAUGAACGACAUUGUGCUUCAUUACUCAUAUUCAGAUUCAGAAUAUCGAUAUCUCAGUAUGCAAAAAAUGCAGCCCUUUAAACGCAUGACUGGUGAUAAAAUUGAUUAUUUUCACUAUGGUCUUUAUAGGGCUCUUCUUACCCCUGUACAUCGUCAGUUGGGAGAUCAUGACAACAACGAUCUUUUGAAACGAACCCAUUCUAUUUUCUCUUUUCAUCUUAAGGAUUCAUUUUAUUCUCCUGUUCUCAAAUCAGAGCUUAUUCAUUUCAAAUUACUCAAAGUCUUGGAGUUGAGACACAUAGAGAUUGAUAAUUUCCCUCUACAGAUACUAAGCCUCAUCUGGUUGAGGUACCUAUCUUUGGUCUGCCAUAAGAAUUUAGACAUACCUCCAGAAAUUUGCAGGUUAUGGAAUCUGCAGACAAUCAUUGUUCAAGAGCAUCCUGGUCGAACAGUUAAAAUAACUUGUCCAGAGGAAAUUUGGGGACUAAUGCAAUUAAGGAAUCUCAAACUGGCGGCCGAAUUUUAUCUGCCAAAUCCCCCCAGCGUAUCUGCUGACAAAGGGAGUCACAUGGGUUUUUCAAACAUACAAACUAUUUCUUGCUUGUCUCCAGGUUGUUGCACAAAGGAGGUUAUUAUGGGGAUUCAGAAUGUCAAGGAAUUAGGAAUCAGU